AUGCCCGUUCGCCUGAUGUGGAGGGCCUCAAAACCGACGCAUGACGUUAUGGAACUGUCAGACCGACCCCGGCACCUGGUAAAGACCGAGGACGAAGAAACAAAGUGUAGAGCCCUGGAUCGUCGGGGCGCCGGUAGACCGGACGCCAAGACCCAACCGGAACGACCGAAUCGACCUCGGCAUCCAGUGGACGAAGAAAGUAAGAAGAGCCUGUCAAGAUCUCUUGGUAGUCGGGGCCCCCCCAGUGCGGACGUCUUUCCCACACCGGAACUGGGGAACAACCUCCGGCACCAUCGGAUAGACGGAAGAGGGACGCAUUAUCCCCCUGCAAGCUUGUCAAGCGCAAAGUACCAAGCCGCUGUUUCUCCGGUGGACCUCGAGGGAUGCAAGCGAAAAGCAGAUGGCGUUCUCGGGUCGCGAGUUUUUCCCCCGACGGACGACGUGGGAUGCAAGCUGCAAGGCAUCGAACAAGCGCAAAGCAGAAAUUUUCAAUUCAACACGAAUCUCUCCCUCUCACCAAGGCCGCGCUCCGGGCAACCCGGGGACCUCCACCCGGGCCAUAAGUCCCAACAGUGUCAGCGUCCUGGGCUCCCCGGGCACUCCAACCCGGGCAAUAAGUCCCACAUCCACCGUUCUUCUCCCACUUCUGGCGGCUCUAGCGACGCAGGCCCAUCCCGGUCGCGCAUCGCAACGCCCAGUGGUUCCAGUUCCACCUCGUCGUCAUCCUCCGACGCAUCGAGCUCCGGGUCAGUCAGUGGAUCUCCUUCCUCCAUUGGCUCUGGCCUGCCCAGGAUACCUCCAAGAACAGCUUCAGGUACGGUAAGAAACCCUCCCUCUUCUCUAUCGUCUCCUUUCCCAACUCCGGCCCUCCCGCUGGAAGUAAAAUUCUGCCUACAAUGGAACAUCAACGGGUAUUGGAACAACCUUCCAAACCUUGAGCUGCUGGUGCACCACAGCUUACCCUGGACCAUUGCUCUCCAAGAGGUUAACCGAGUUUCCAACGCCCUCAUGGAUCGAACCCUCGGAGGCAAGUACCGUUGGACCAGCAAGGUUGGGAACAACUUCAGGCAUUCCGUAGCCAUCGGGGUACUGGUGGAUAUCCCCUUUGAUGUCCUCGAUAUCGACGAGGAUCUGCCGGUUGUCGGUGUCCGGCUGCACGGAAAUAUGCCCAUUACCAUCAUCAAUGUUUACAUCCCUUGCGGCGCCUUCCCCGCCGUCAAAAGAAAGGUAAGCUCCCUGAUUGAAAACGCUACUCCCCCACUGCUUCUCCUCGGGGACAUGAACGCCCACCAUCCCAUGUGGGGAGGGUCAAGGGCCGACCCUCGCGGCUCCGCACUAGCCGAAGCGUUUCAGGAAGGCGAUCUCGUCACCCUCAAUGACGGGGCUCCCACCUUUUUCAACGGGCACGUUGCCACUUCCAUUGAUGUUUCCGCGGUAAGUAGGUCCAUUCUGCCACGCUUCUCCUGGAAAGCUGGCACUGAUCUGUACGGUAGCAACCACUACCCGGUGCAGAUCUCCACCAACGCUCCCCCUCCUGUGAACAUCAAGCGACGCCGCUGGAAAUACGACGAAGCGGACUGGGAGGACAUGAUCCUCGAUGCUGCCCAGCAAACCAUUCCCCGGUCCAGCGGCUAUCCCGGCCGUCGCGCACUCAGAUGGUGGUCCGAGGAAACUCGGCGCGCGGUCAAAGCCAGACGCAAAGCUUUGCGGGCUCUGAGGAAGCUCAGCCCCAACCACCCUCUCAGGCCAGACGCCCUGGACUGUUACAAGGAGAAGCAUCGACAGUGCAAAAUCAUUAUCAGGGAGGCGAAAUCCAAGCAGUGGGAAGACUUUGUCGACAGCAUCAACCCCUCCCAAUCAAUCGCCGAUCUGUGGAGACGGGUAAAUGCCAUAAGUGGUAAGUCGAGGGCGACGCCCAUCCACCUCGACCAAGGCAACCAAACGAUUUCAGAACCCGCACAAGUUGCCAACACCCUCGGGGAAUACUUCGCCUCCCUGGUAGCAACAGCUCAGUACCCAGCUGACUUCCGAAGCACUAUUUCCGCUCGAAACUUGACUCUCAGCGCCAUCUUUAUUCCCGCGGACCCCCCCAACUGCCUGUUGAACCUACCCUUCUCAGCAGGUGAGUUGGCCCAUGCACUCUCCAAGUGCAAUGGGAACUCAUCCGGCCCGGAUGAGUUGGGACGAGUGGAGGAAAAGCCACGUGAUCCCCAUCCCAAAAACCACACCACGGGUCGGGAUCCCUCCAAGUUUCGUCCGAUCUCCCUCACCUCCUGCGCGUGUAAGACCAUGGAGAGAAUGGUCAACCGCCGGCUCCGUGAAAAACUGGAAGCAGAUGGAAGAUUUGGCUUCCAACAGCACGCCUUUCGCCCAGGGUAUGGCACCAGCACAUACUUUGCCAACCUGGGCAGUGUGCUACAGAGCGCGUACAAUGAAGGCAAGCAUGUUGACCUGGUCUCGCUGGACAUUGCCAAAGCCUUCAGCAGGACCUGGACACCCCUGGUCCUCAACAAACUACUAGAAUGGGGCAUCACCGGCAACAUGCUUGCCUUUAUCAAAAAUUUCUUGACCGGUAGGACCUUCACGGUCCUCAUCGGCGGCUCUGCAUCCGGAGAAUAUGCCGAGGAAACUGGGGUCCCCCAAGGGUCGGUUCUUGCGGUCACCCUUUUCCUGAUCGCAAUGAACGGGGUCUUCGGCAUAUUACCGGCCAACGUCCACCUAUUCGUCUACGCUGAUGACAUCCUUCUAGUUGUCGUAGGCGGAACCCCCGGACGAACCAGAAUCAAAGCGCAGGCGGCUGUUAGCGCAAUCCACCGAUGGGCCACCUCCGUUGGUUUCACCAUGAACGCGGGCAAGUGCAUCCGAGGCCACGUUUGCCAUGGCCGCCAUCAAAUUGGAGGCCCGCCCAUUAAGCUUGGCCACGACCCCAUUCCCAACCGGAAAAUCGUUCGUGUUCUUGGUGUCGAUAUCGACCGACGGCUCACCUUCCUACCACACUUCCGGGCCGUGAAGGUGGCCUGCAAACCGCGAAUCAGCCUUAUGAAAACUCUGGCCACUAAACAUCGUACGAACAACCGGCACACCAGGCUAAACAUAGGCCAAGCCACCAUCGAUAGUCGCCUGCUGUAUGGUCUAGAGUUGACCGCGGCUGCAAGAAGGGACCUCAUCAGCGUGCUUUCCCCAGUUUUUAAUAACUACGUCCGACUAGCUUCCGGUCUCCUUCCCUCCACGCCAGCAGAAGCAGCUUGUGUCGAAGCCGGGAUCUUCCCUUUCCGGCAGCGUGUCCUCACGGCCAUCUGCUGCAAGGCAGCCUCCUACGCUGCGGUCACAUCAGGCGAUUACGGGAUCCCUCUCCUCGACGAGGCUGACCGGAUCCUCAGAAGCGUGGCCGGCACAGGUCUCCCCCCAGUGGCGCGGGUCCACUGGCACGGAGCAAGAAGCUGGUCGAUGCCUCCCGUUAAAAUUGAAGGCUCCAUCGCCGCGCGCUUCCGAAGAGGCGACAACUCCGAGGAUCUAAGAAGGUCGGUCAUCGAGCUGGUGGCCACUCGCUUUCGGAACCAUACGGUACGGUACACCGAUGGCUCCGUAUCUAACAGGGGGGUAGGUUUCGGUGUUUCCGGUACCAACCUAGCCAGGUCCGAGCGCCUACCGCCUCAAUGCAGCGUCUUCUCCGCCGAAGCUGCAGCCAUAUUCGUCGCUGCCACCCUUCCAGCAAACAGGCCAAUCGCUAUCCUUACGGACUCAGCCAGCGUGGUGGCUGCCCUCCAAAGCCACACCCCAAAGCACCCGUGGAUCCAAGGGAUCCUUACUGGUAUGGCACCCGAUACCAUUUUCGCCUGGAUUCCCGGCCAUUGUGGCAUCAGAGGGAACGUAGAAGCCGAUGCCUUAGCAAGCGUUGGGCACGAAGGUCUUCCCUACACCCGCUCCGUCCCGCUGGCCGACGUUAAAAGUGGACAAAAAGUGUCGUCGGCCAGGACUGGGCACGGACUUGGAACAACUACCACAUGCCUUCUUUGA